AUGCAGCCGUCACACUACGACGCCUCGACAUGGGCCGUGUACCGCGCGGCAGCGAGCGACGAAUCCAUGUCGCAGAGCUCCAUCCGAGAAGGGCGGCGGUCGAGGAGGCAGUAUUCGGCCGUCCCCAAGGCCGAGUACACCGAGCAUGCGAUGCCAGUGGGUGGCAUAUGCUACGACCGCUCCAGGAUGUAUGAGCAGGAGCUUACCUCGACUCGGGUCGCUCACUCCAAUCCCGACGUUUGCUACUCGCCGUGGGCGCGAGAUGAUGAGAAGCGGCAGACUGAGAGACCAUGUAGGCAUCUUUGUUCGCCUCUUGCCCAAGUACUGACGGCGCUGCCAGAUCACGGCUACUACGAUACUCCAGAGGCGGUCUACUGGGAAAGCAGCGAACCAAUUGCAGGAGGAAAUAGCAACUCGCCUGAGAUGAGGGCGGCGCAGUCACGCUAUGCGCAGCCCGCUAUGUACGACUACAGCAUCGUGCCUUCGCAGCGCCAAGGUCUUUAUGGCCCGUACGGCUCCGCUAACAGCGUCGGUCACGACGGUCGGGGACAAGGUGGCGGUAACCCCGGCCCGCUGAGCAGAAAUCAACUGCUGGCGCAAUACAGCACCAUCGCCGACGCACUCACCCCAGUCGUCAAUCAUCACCUCCCCUGCCACUCCCCCGAAGCCCAGAUCACCGGACUACCAUACUCCGACGAUCGCGAGCCGUGCGUACCCAAUGACACUACCGACACUUGCUCGGCCGGAGAGACAACGUCGAGGAAGGCAGCGUCGAAGCGACAUAUGUGCACCAUCUGUCAGAAGUGUUUUCCGCCUGGCGGCUUACAAACCCACAUGAACGCGCACAACAAUGUAAAGUUCGAAUGCGGCCACGACGACUGCUCGAUGUGCUUCUCGGUCCAGUCCAACGCUCGUAGACACAGACGCAACGCGCACGGCAUCGGUUUCGCCGAGCGCUACGAGGACGCGCAGCGCCGCGUGUCCGCUCCCCCGCCCGAUAUCACCUUCAAUGAGCCUGUCGUGAACGAGCAGGCCGACUAUCUUGCCGUCCCACAGCGACUCAUGUGGAUGCCGCCCAACGACUCCCUCGAUGGCUCUCCGCGCAGGCAAUAG